AUGUUGCUCUACCACGCGUCUACUUGGAUAAUCCUGCGUGUUUCGCUCUUGUUGAUUCUCUCGUCGCUUUUAGUUGUCAACAGUUUUACACCUAAAGUCUCCGCUCCUGCGCCCAUAACACACAACCUUGCGCGCUAUUCAAGACCUGAACAGGUCCAGCUAUGUUACCAGGCCAGUUGUAAAGGCGAUCUCGACGGUGUCAAGGAACAGAACAGCAGCCCCGUCCAGAAUGGCUUUUUCGCUUCACUUUCCGAAGCCAUAUCGCGCAAAGACAUAAGAGUGGUGCAGCACUUGCUUGAUGAAAAUGUUGCAGGCGGACAUCUUCCAGCUGAUGAUGCUGUGCGUUCGCAAGCCUAUGAGAUUUUAGCAUUGUUUCUCACGCGCGGAUGGGAUAUCAAUGAGCCUAUGGGUCGAAAUCUGCCUGCUGUCUUGGGCAUCCCAUCAUCAACUUCUGAUGAGGAAAUGGUAGCAUGGCUGCUCGACCAUGGCGCUGAUCCCAACAGCCGCUGCGACUGGGAUCUCACGUCUACAUCCUACGCCAUGCUCCAAGCACCUCUACAAACCAUCCAAACACUUUUCCAACGAGGCGCAGAUCCUCACCGCGGACAACUCCUCCACUACACCGUCCUCCGCGACAAACCCGACGCCCUCGCCGUAGUCCGCCUAGUUGUGGAAAAAGGUGCAGCUGUUAAUGAGGUCAAGUAUGAAAAAGAGCCCAAGACGUAUGCAGAGCGCAAGCCAUUUAGUCUUGGUACGGCACUCUAUCGAGCUGCGGAGUUUGGGAAGCUGGAGAUUGUGGGGUAUUUGGUGGACAAGGGUGCCGAUCCUUUGAAAUUGGAUAGCAAAGAGCGGACACCACGGUUCUGGGCGGAGAAGAGGGGGCAUGGGGAAGUUUGCUGGUUUUUACGCAAAGACGCGGAUGUCCGUAGUCGCUAUCUCAUUCCGCAAUCCGAGCUGCAUUGUAUUGCCAGCGACACAUGGCCGAUGGCCCAGGAACUAUAUAGCCUUAUCUGGUAUGCCGGGAUGUAA